AUGUCAACAACAACAACAACAUUAAUUCUAUGUGGUUGUCCUAUUAAAUCUAAUUUAAAAAUAAUCAAUGGACAACCAUCAAAUCAAGCUGCAUGGCCAUGGAUGAUUAGUUAUGGUCCUAAACGUAUUCAUAUUUGUGGAGGAACACUUAUUGCUCCCGAAUAUAUUAUUACAGCAGCACAUUGUCUUUAUUCAAAUGAUAAAAAUAAUCCAAUUGAUAUUACAAAUAUUGAAAUUCGUAUUGGUAUAACUAAUUUAAAUGAUGUUACUGAUAAAAAUCUUUUCUCUAUUCGAAAAGUUAUUUUACAUAAUGAUUUCAAUCCUAAUACAUAUAAAAAUGAUAUUGCAUUGAUACGAUUAGAUCGAUCAAUUAUUCAAUCAGAUACAAUUCAAAUUUUAUGUCUUCCUCGUUUUACAUCAUAUAUAUAUCCAUUAGUGAAUACAACAGUUAUUGCUAUUGGUUGGGGUCAUACAAUUGACCCAUUAAUAAAUCCAAAUUCACAAAUAUCAACACAACUUCAACAAACAUUUCUUCCUAUAUUACCAAUAAUUAAAUAUGAAAAUAAUACAAAUUUAUGUUUUAAUCAAGAAAUUGAUUCACCUGAUCAACAAUUUUGUGCUGGUUAUGAAAAUGGUUUAUCAGAUACAUGUCAAGCUGAUAGUGGUUCACCAUUAAUGUUUUUUAAUGAACAACAUUGGGAACUUGUCGGAAUUGUUAGUUAUGGAAUAGGUUGUGCUCAAAUAAAAUUACCUGGUGUUUAUACACGUGUAUCAGCUUAUCUCGAUUGGAUUCAUGAUCGAAUUAGAUAUUAA